UCGAAGUACCACAAGCAAUGGCUUCUGCCAUUCCUUCUCUGCUGUUCUGCCUGCUCGUUCUCGCCCCUCAUCUCGGUAGCUCCUACCACACCAGCUUCAUCAAUGGCGGGAAGCAGACCUUCGUCCGCUCGUCCGAUUCGAUGGCCCCGCCGACCUGCUCGCCAGCGCCUUCAGAUGGCGGUGAAGUACCGGCAGGACGCCUACCUGUAGUGCACCGGCUGAGCCCGUGCUCUCCUUCCGGCGCCGGCGAGGGCCAAAGCAUGCUAUCUGCCGGCGACGCCUUCGACCGCGACUCCCUCCGCCUGCGCGCUCUCUUCGGCGAGUCGGAGCCGGAGGACUCCAAGGCUGGCCUCACCAUCCCCGCGACCGGCGCUCCCCUCGCGGCUCUUCCGGGCGCGGCGGACUACAGCGUCGUCGUCGGCUUCGGCACCCCGGUGCAGAAGCUCGCCGUGGGCUUCGACACGGCCACGGUGGGGGCCACGCUGCUCCAGUGCAAGCCGUGCUCCGCCGACGGGGACCCGUGCGUCAGGUCCUUCGACCCCUCCCGGUCGCACUCCCUCGCCCAGAUCCCGUGCGCCUCGCCAGAUUGUCCCCUCAGGGCUUGCAACGGGCCCAGGAGCUGCACGGUCGCCCUGAAGAAGAAGGGCGCCGUGCUGCUCAACGCCACCGUCGUCACCGACACGCUCACGUUCUCGAGGUCGGUCCAUGCCGACGAGUUCAGGUUCGCUUGCUUGGAGAUGGGCGCCGCCGCCGACACGACGACGGAGAGGUCGUCCGGAGUCCUAGACCUCAGCAGGGAGCGCCACUCGCUGGCGUCACGGGUCCUUGUGUCUCCGGACACGGUCGCCUUCUCCUACUGCCUGCCGGCGGACCCGGGCUUCCCGGGUUUCCUCUCCCUGGGCGCGACCCGGCCGGAGCGCUCGGGCCGCGGCGUGGUGGGCGGCUACGCCACCGUAUGGGACAAGGCUUCCCACCCGAACCUCUACUUCCUCCGGCUCGUCGGCGUGAGCGUGGGCGUGCGGCAUCUCCGCGUCCCGCCCGCCGCGCUCGCCAGCGACGCGCUGCUGGAGGUGCACACCACCUUCAACUACCUCAGCCACCACGUGUACGCGGCUCUCCGGCACGAGUUCAGGGAGCAAAUGCGGGAGUACCGCCGGGCGCCGCCGCUGGGGGAGCUCGAGACGUGCUACGACUUCUCGCGGGAGAGCUCUUACUCGGUGCCGAUGAUCACCCUGAGGUUCCACGGCGGGGCGGAGCUCGUCAUCGACCACAUGCUGUACUUCAAAGACCCCAGAAACGUCUUCGGCGUGGCGUGCCUCGCGUUCGCGCCGGCGCCGGCCUACGCGCCCGCCGGCGUCGCGGUGGUCGGGUCGAUGGCGCAGGCCAACAUGGAGGUGGUCUACGACGUGCGUGGUGGCAAGGUUGGCUUCGUCCCAAACGGCUGCUAACUCGUCGAUCAAAUCAUCA